UAGAGGAAGACAGAAAGACUUCCGCGUUCAGACGUUUAAUGUAUUUUCAGGUGAAAUAUGCCCCGUUACUGUGCUGUAAAACUUUGCAAAAAUCGUGGAGGAACACCCUCUAAAGAAAACAAGAGAAUAAGCUUUUACCCGUACGGUUCCCUUUGCAAGAUGAGGUCAGGCUGCAGAUAUGGGUAGACAACAUGAAGCGAGAGGAGUGGACCCCCAGCAGACACCAGUACCUGUGUAGUGAACAUUUCACUGAGGACUGCUUUGACCUGCGAUGGGGGAUCCGGUACCUGAAACACACGGCCUUCCCUACCAUCUUCCCUCACACACACGAUGAUGCAGAUAAAACCGUUUCCACCAGUAAGAACACCACCAAGCCCAAAACCAGGAUAUGCGACGCCAACAUUGAACUCAUCCGCUCCCCCUCCCUCCUGGCAAGAAUACACCUCUGAUUCUGAAAAGGACAGUCAGAGUGGAACCAGUCGUGGUGAGUGUCACUCCUGUCCUUAACCCUGAGGAUGCCAGUGAAUCUACGGUCACUACACUGUUAUAUGAAAGAACGCUUGUUUCAGACACAGAGGCCUCUACUCCUAGUGAAAUGGUCCUGGGGAGGUGAUGCUCUCAGAGACCCAGGCUGCAGUGUGUGAGGUGAACAGAGAACUAUCUGGAGACAGUGGUGGGAUACUGACAGCCUCAUGCUUGAACCUGUCUGGUGAGACACAGACACUGCAGCAGCUGGAUACACUGGACUCCACUGUGACUGUGCUCUGCUGUGAAUCCCUCGUCCCUGUCGGCCAUUUGUCUGAAUGUGAAGCCACGGUGGACGCCCUCGGUCAGACGUUUAGGAUCUUCCCUCUGGAGCUGCGGAGGGAGGAGUGGGUGGGAGACCUGGAGGAGGGGGGACACAUCUCUGUGUACGAGCACUCCUACUCCAAACAGGACACGGACCAGGAACAGCUGUGGAGGAAGACAGCCAGCCUCCACACCAAGAUCAUGGAGCUGGAUAGGAGAGAGGAAAGCACCGUGGCUAAAAUACGAUCGCUUGAGAUCGAGAUGGCACAUCUGAAGAAGAGCAACAUUGUUUUAAAAGACAAGCAGAAAUUACUGGAGGACUAUAUUACUUCUGCGUUGCUCUGAUGUCUUAACCGUAGUGCUUUGUUUCCAUUAACAACAGUCUUUCUAAUGAGAUGUAUUUUGUAUAGUUAUUACAGUCUCAAUCACUUGUACUUAUUUCUUAUCUGUUUACAUGUUUCACCAGAGUUAUAUUACUUACUAGUAGUGAGGCCCUUCUCAAAGAGCGUUGACAAGGCUAGAAUCUGUUCUCCAGCUCGUUCUAGUCCUUCCGUUUGUCUCCACUAGGUGGCACUGUGUCUUUAGGACAGGCCCUGGCACGAUGCACUACUGUUUCAUGUUUCGACAUCACUGACUGACAUAUUGUCAAUAUUAGUCGUGUAAUUUGGAGCGUUUUAAGGGAAGUGAUAUUCCCUAUUCUUGUGCUACAGAUGGCUGCUUGUUUUAUUCAAUGGUAUAGUAUUCAGAUAUCAUAUCAAAUCUACUGUGCUACAGUUGGCUGCUUGUUUUAUUCAAUGGUAUAGUAUUUGUAUCUCAUAUCAAAUCUACUGUGCUACAGUUGGCUGCUUGUUUUAUUGAAUGGUAUAGUAUUCAGAUAUCAUAUCAAAUCUACUGUGCUACAGUUGGCUGCUUGUUUUAUUCAAUGGUAUAGUAUUUGUAUCUCAUAUCAAAUCUACUGUGCUACAGUUGGCUGCUUGUUUUAUUGAAUGGUAUAGUAUUCAGAUAUCAUAUCAAAUCUACUGUGCUACAGUUGGCUGCUUGUUUUAUUGAAUGGUAUAGUAUUCAGAUAUCAUAUCAAAUCUACUGUGCGGUCAUACGGAUCCUUACUUUGCUGGUUAUUAAUGUAUGAAAAGGCAUGUGUUUUUCACUAAUGUUUUAUAUUUAUUAGGAUAAUAACAAGCAGCCUGCAGUAAGUAUCUGAGUGACUGAGACGACUACACCGUUUUAGGUGCAUCUUCUUGGUUCUAAUUAAAUAGUUGAAUAGGAAAAGGUGCAAUGCUUUGUUCACUAUUCAAAAGACAAAAUGUAUUCAAGCAACUAUUAAAAGUUUGACGUUUCGGGCCUUCAUCGAUUGCCUUAAAUAGACAGGUUCUGAUAAAUGAACCGGUUCUGGUGAAGACCAUUGAACGCCGAAACGUCAAGCUUUUAAUGCUUUCUCAAAUAAAAUAAUAUAUUUGAAUGUUAACCAAGCUUUGCACCUUUUUGAUGAUGUAACUGGUUGCUCCUUGACUCCCAUUGGUUGGACGUCCUCUACUUCUUUCCAUAAAGAAAUUAAAUGGUCAACUGAUUUCUCAUCAAUGAAAA